UUUAAAAUGCCUCGCUUUGUCACUGGUGAUUCGCUAGGAAACAUAAAGUCAUUGACAUACCCUGUUUCUGGUAAAAAGACGGAGUUGGCCGUGCUCUCUGAGGGCCCAAAAAACUCUGAAGAUUUUCAAAGGCCAAUUCCUAUCCAAGCUUUGGCCGUAGACUACAAGCCGGAAUCAACUGUGGUGGCUGCUGCGUAUGGAGAUGGCUCUGCUUCCACGUACUCCCUAAAGGGUAACACUCUCACCCAACUGCACCACUGGAAGGAGAACCGCGUAAAAGCGAAUCAAAAAUAUGUUGGAAUGUCCAUAGCAUCCCAAGGAAUAUUUACCUGCACGUCAAAUGGAGCCUUGAGAAUGACCCCGCCAUCUGGCACAGCUGCUCAGGCUCAAGCCGAACUGCGAACUGCACUUCUCCCCACCCGACUCUAUUCAUGGAAAUUAGCAGCGGAUCAAGAAACUUUUGCUUAUGGCGGUGACGAGGUUGAUCUAUCCUUAUGGAAUACCGAACAGGCGUUCCAGCAACCUGCAAUGCCUCCCACAGCAGCUGUCACUAAAAAGAGGAAACGCAAUACUGAUCUCCUUCCAGGCGAGAUAUGGCGAGCCAAAAAUGUCUCCAACGAUUCGCUUAGUCUGCGCCAGCCCAUACGAGUCACCUCCCUGGCAUAUUUAUCUACAGAAUCCCCACAUCAUUUCCUUGUCGGAACUCAGCUUGGGCAUUUGAGACGAUACGACACACGAGCGGCCCGUCGGCCUGUAGCUGAUUGGAUAGGCAUCGUCAAAGCCGGAAGUGUCCGAGCAGUGGAGAAAGGGUUUUCGGAACAUGAGGCAUUUGUUAGUGAUAACAGUAACAGCAUGUUUUCGGUGGAUCUUCGCACAGGCCGCGCGCUUUACGGUUAUAAGGGAAUAUCAGGUGCAGUUUCGUCAAUAGCGCCUUCGCCUACUAUACUCGCAUCGGCAUCCCUGGAUCGAUAUUUUCGAUUGCACAGCACAGUCCCGCCGCCUUCUGAAAUUGGUCAAAACUCUGAGGACAAAGGACAGAUUUUGGACAAGGUUUAUUCGAAAAGUAUACCCACUGUCAUCGUUUGGGAUGGAGAUAUAGCCGCUGCGUCAAGUGCUGACGCAUCUGCCGGUAAUGAGGACGAUGCUGUUUGGGAUGCCAUGGAAAAUGUUGGUGAAGAUAACGAUGACAGUGACAGUGAACUAAACGAUAAAAAGUGGCGAAAAGUUUGACAGAUGUGAAAUGCUUACCACUAAGUGUAGAUAUACGGC